AUCACCUCUAUCGCACACCGCCCCCUCCCCACUCUAAGAAACAACACUCACCACCUACUUUUUAGCCCUGUAUAGAAAAACCAGCUUCUCACUUCAUUCUCUGCCUGUCGUUCUCUCUCUCUCUCUCCCACACACACACACACACACACACACACAUCGAAAAAAGAAAAGAAAACAUAAACCAUAUAGAAAAAAAAACUCUCUUUUUUCCUCUCUCAAAUGGGUUUCUUGGGCAUGAGUCACCUGCCAAAUCUGAAGUGACCCAUUUCAUUGUUCCUCUACCAUUACUUGAAAAGACCUUCAUCUACUCUCAUUUCAGCUUUCUCUUCUCAUCUGCUUUUGAUACGCUCUUUUAUUGCCCCUUCAGAUAAGGAGUUCCUAUUUUUUUUUUGCCCUUUAAAUUUUAGUUUUCAUUUUAUGCCAUUUUUUUCUGGUUAAAUCUGGCAAGACCGAGUUGAGAGUGUUGGUGGCCUUAAAAAGUUUUGCAACGGUUUGAUAACCAUAAAAGGCUGUUCUUUAGUGUGGAAGGAAACACAAGUUGGUGAUCAACAGAUUCAUUCCCUGAAGAUUUCCUGUUUUCAAAAUUGUUCCUUUUACAUGUUCUCUUUAAGCGCCGUUGUCUUUUCGAAGCAACAAUCUAGCGAUUAAUGCGGGAUGCAUCCAUCCAUACUUCACAGAUAUCAUUUUACAUCCAGAGGCUUAAAAUCUUGCUCUGCAUUUGAUUCGGUAACCUGUCCGUCAGCCCCUUUAAUUUCAUUGUUUUUUUUUUAAAUUAGUAAGUAAUAUAUAUGUGGUUGCUUGGUUGUCUUCAAGCCGAGUAACCAUACUGAUCAUGUUAAAAACUGUUUCUUCCAUGUUAACGUGUUUCUUGUUCAACAAAGUUUUAGUUUUUUAGUCAUGUUUGAUGUGUAGGUUAUGCUGGGAUUCUUGCAUUUUUAAAGUGAGUUUUUUACUUUUACUACGAGUCGGACAUUUUAAAGACGAAUUUAUAUAUAAUCCAAAAUAUGUGGGAAGGAUGACAGAAUAUGAUCCUGGACCUAUAAAAUAGUUCUUGCUUUGCAGGUGCCCUUGAGACCAUCACUAUAGGGUGGUGGCUUUUCACAGUUUUGCAUCUGGAUGUGGCAUGACUGAGCUUGAAGUUUGAUUCUUGUUUGCCUCUGUCUUUCUUGCGCCAGAUCUUGUUCCCAAGGCCCCUUUUUUUUACGUCAUGGAGGGUGAAACAUCUUGGGUAAAUAAUUGUUUUGAGAACCCGACGAGGGACAUUGGUGAGUUCGAUUCAUUUUCUGAACAUAGCGAAGAAGGAAAUAAAGUUAAUGCCAUUUCAGUUGAUUUAAUCUUGCCCGAUGAUCUGCUAGAACGAAUCCUAGCUUGUCUUCCCGUUGCUAGCAUCUUCAGAGCUGGCUGUGUGUGUAAAAGAUGGCAUGAGAUUGUUAGUUCAAGGAGGUUUUUAUGGAACUUCUCACAUGUCCUGCCACAAAAACCAUGGUAUUUUAUGUUUACAAGCUCUGACGAACCAGUUGGCUAUGCUUUUGAUCCUAUCCUUCGAAAAUGGUUUGGCAUUGAUCUUCCCUACAUCCAAAAGUCCAACUGGUUCAUUGCUUCAUCAUGCGGCUUGGUUUCCUUCAUGGAUAACGACAGCAGAAGCGAGUUGUAUGUCUGCAACCCGAUCACCAAACGCUGCAGGAAGCUUCAGGAGCCCCCAGGCUUAAAAGUUUAUGAUUACAGUGCACUUGCAAUUUCUGUGAACCGGAUAUCACAUGGUUAUACUAUAUCAAUUGUAAAGUCUAAGUUAGGCCCUGGAAAUUUUUUCCAAUCUGAUCUCUCUAUCCAUAUUUAUGAUUCUGAAACGAGGAUGUGGGUAACUUCUUGCACAGAGGUUAUGACUGGAUGGAGAGGUGGCGAUGAGAGUGUGAUCUGUGGUGGGGUUUUAUACCUUUUGAUUUAUUCUGCAGGAGGUGGUGCCACAGAAACCCGUCAUGGUCUAAUCAGGUACAAUCUAUCCAACAGAUCUUCCCAUGGCUUGUUGAUAAGAAGUUUCAUAAAAGUACCUUGUCCUCUUACUUGUGGCCGUCUGAUGAAUUUGAAUGAGAAGCUUGUAAUGGUGGGGGGAAUUGGUAAACUAGACCGGCCUGACAUAAUAAAGGGGAUUGGCAUCUGGGUUCUGGAUGGCAAGGACUGGCAAGAGAUUGCCCGUAUGCCUCACAAGUUCUUCCAAGGAUUUGGGGAGUUUGAUGAAGUUUUUGCUAGCAGCGGUACAAAUAAUCAAAUAUACAUCCAAAGCUACGGGGCUCCAGCGCUUCUUGUUUUUGACAUUAACCAGAAACAAUGGAAGUGGUCACAGAAAUGCCCAGUGUCAAAGAGGUUCCCACUUCAACUUUUUACUGGGUUUUGCUUUGAACCUAGGCUUGAUGUGGCACCGUAAUUUGUUAUUGAAUUUAAGGUGGCGGUGUUGAAAAAUUUGUCUGAUAUCCCCCCA